AUGUCCGACAAUAGCCUGGAGGUGAACCUAGGCGUACCGAAUGAAUAUCCAGUGACGACUCCGGAGCCUCAAAACCUCUCGGAGUUCAGCGAAGAUGUAUUGCACUCCGCGGCGUCUGCGGCCUUAGACGAGCCUGAGCGCGCGGUCAUCCCAAGCUGCGUUACGCUGAUGUCUCAGAUGCAGCCCAUACAUGCAGAGAUCCUCCGGGGGAUCAGAGCGUCGCGAGUGCUGCGCAACUCUCCGGGCGCGUGGAUGCAUGGAGAUCUCAGACGGCUCCAAGGACGCAGCCAGGUCACAACCAAGCUUGACGAAUUUUGGUCGCACAGCUGGCGAACGAGACCUGGGCUAAAGUAUGCAAGCAUCCUCUAUAGAAGCAAUGGUCUUGCAGCGUUCGUGCUGGGCACACUCAGUGCGCUGGUGGCCUGUGCCUUGCAAGGAACUGGCGUUCUUCACUGGCAUGGUGCCUGCAUGAUGGCUGGGGCUGUGGGCUACUACUCGACUCUGCUCGUGUGGUGUCCGAGGGCGCAGGUGUUCCUAGAUGUGGCAUGCGUGGACCAGGUGGACCCGAUUAAAAAAGUACAGGGUCUCAUGAGCAUGGGUGCAUUCUUGAGGGCAUCCAAGUCCCUUGUGGUUUUUUGGGACGUCAGCUUCGUCACAAGACUCUGGUGCCUAUUUGAAGUGGCCGGGUUCAUGCACACCCAACGGCUUUGCGCAAGCAAGACCCUUGAGGUGUGUCCGGUUUUUGUAGGCCCAGCACUGUUAUGUGGCCAUGCGGGGCUGACCUUGAUGCUUCUUAUUCUCAGCAUUGCGGAAGUGGACACUUCUCACCUACAUCUCAAUGGCGGAGUUGUCCUCGUCUGUGCUGCUCUGAUGCUUCUGUGCUUGACAUCUCUCGCGUAUAUAGUUCUGCUGCACUGCCGCAGCAUUGAAGUAAUGCAGUACCAACUACAUCGCUUCACCACCGAGCAUGCCACCAGCCAGUGCUGUGCACGUCAACAUGUUACCAGCACAGGUCAACGUAUUCUGUGUGACCGUGACAUCAUCUUGGAGUGCAUCUCCGCCUGGUUUGGGUCCCAAGAGCAGUUUGAGGGGAUGGUACGCACAGACUUGCUGAGGCAACUGGUUCAUCAGCUGGCCAACCGCACCUUUUCGUACUGGCGAAUCCUGCAGGCAACAUCCCCUGUAGCCUGGUUCCUGCUAGACCGGGUCUUUGAAGGUGUAUGGAUCCGUGGUGCAGUCGCUGUGAGCUUGUAUUGGCUGAUGCUCCUUCCAUCAAUAGUGCUGGUGUCACUCCGACUGGCCUACAGCGUCCGCAACCUGUGCGACGGCAUACUCGCACGGGUGCUGCUUAGCACGUGCCUUGUUGCAAACGCGACGUUCAUGGUUGGGGGGUUCUAUGCUUUGGAGAUUUAUCUUGCUUUGGCUUUUGGGGAAGGUUAUUCCAAGCAUAGACCUUUGUCAACGUCAGUCACUCUUGCUAUGAUGACAGUUGUCACAGCAUGCUUGUGGUGCUGUGUGCCUCCAAUUCAGAAGUCUGCUUUACCUGGGCGAGCAGGCUAG